CCCAAUUUCAGUUCACUAUUUAAACUACCAUUCUUGUGUGUGACACUGAAACGUUAAGCUUUAAAAAUCAUGAAGUGGUUUCUCUUAAUAUUUGUGUGCUUGAGCACCACCUCCUGCACCAUCUACAGCACGGAAAACGAGGACGGUUCCUACACCAUCGGCCUAAACUCCGACUCCAGAGGCGAAUCGGCCAAUUCAGUUCUGGCCCUUUUGACCAAAUCGGCUGGAUACACCCUAAACGACAACCAAGAAACCCAAACACCGGAACGCCUCUUUCACUCAGAAUCCGCAAAAGAACAGCCAACACUUGAAUCACGCGGACUUCUCGAACCACAUUUAGAAAUCCUCCAACUGAUUGAAGUUUUCCUCAAAUUUAAAGGAGAGUUGGUUUCGCGCCUCCACAGCCUUGUGACCGACAACUACGACCUUCUUCGCAGCGUCUACUCAACUCUGGUCAACAAAAUCGGAAAUUUGCAUUCCUUCACACUGACUGGUAUCAGAGUCUUACGGAAAGUUUUGGAAUUUGCGAUUGCACUGUUUGGCCAAUGGCAAAUGAGUUACCCUCCCGCAGGAAAUCAGGAAAGUGAUCUAGGGACUGCGUUCGGCUUGAGAAGAAAUGGAAAUUUUUUUAGGAAGUAAAGUUUUAUUAAUACAAUUUUAGUUUAGUUUAAUAAAAAUCACAAUAAAUAUAA